AUGACUUUACUCGAGGAUGUCUUCAACCAUCUUGUCCUCCCCCCUCGGGUCCCCGGGGAGCAAGAUUCAGAUCUUGAAAAUAUAUCGUACGAAAUAUUGACGCGAUUCCUUACUGCCACCGAUGAUGCCGCUACUAAACUUAUCAAAACGCCUUGGGCAGAGGCAUUCCGCGCCCUCCGUACCUCUCUUCUUGCCUGUCUCAAUCUGAACUCGGGCGGUCUUGAGAGUUCUAUAAUGAUGGCAUAUUUUAAGAAGAUUCAGCCCAAUGACAUGUUGAUAUUGCAUGUCGUUCAACAAAAUGCUGCCGUGCUUAUCCGCCGUGAGGCCUGUGACGACGGGGAUUGCGUUGUCUUCGAGGCAUUCGAGGCCUCAGCCAUCUCUGAGAGGGUUCUCGCCGCAUCUCAUACGUUAGAAUGGGAUUUUCCUGGACGUUCUGCCCGACUUCCCCUCGCUGUGUUUAAAGACACAGAAUUCCAGCAGAGCCUAGCAGCCUUUCUUGAGCAAGCCAGCAUCGAGUCUCUAUACAACCUCCAGGCCUCCACCAGGAAGGCCAAGGUAUCCGUGAUUGAGACUAGAGAUACGACCGACCCGGCUCUGAUUACGCAGAUGCUUAUACCACUUCUUGAGGCGAUGGGAGAUUACUUCGAGCCUCCCUUGCUUCGGAAGCGAGUGAGAGACGAGGUUCAUAUUCUCAAGGCCGAAUUGCCGUGGCGGAGGCUACCAUUUUGGCUAGUCCUACGUGUUGCCGCCCAACGCCAACUCAGUUUGCGUCUCGGUAACAUACGCGGCCGAAUAAGCUACAAGUUCGUCAUCUCUCUUCUUCUCGCGGGUCUUUUGAAAGAGUGCGCUGGGAGCCUCAACCCGGAGUUGACCAUCAUGCUUCGCGCCAAGCUUUGCCGCCGUAUGGCAAAACUAGAAACAGAAAAGACUGGGAUGACAUCACAAGACGCUGUUGCAUGCCAGCCCCUUUUUGAUCAGCUUGGCCCUAUAAUACAUAGUACAAUUCAAGAGGCCACAUCACAGGUCGAGAAUGCCUGGAAGUCUUUCAAGCGGGCGACGACUCGGCAUAUUCACACGCUCCCCCAUCUUGUACCCGAGUCUGCCUUAAAGCUGUCCCUUACAAACAGCGGGCAGUAUCUCGAUCACCUACUGUCUCACCGACCAUCUCAACAGCCGGGUAUUUCAUCCUUCGAUCUCCCCCGUCCGUUAGACACGGCUGUCCAGCAAGCACAGGCAUUUACGGAUGGUGCGUUUCGGCUUGCGUCUAACGAGGAGCGCGCGAACCUUGAUGAGCAGCCUGGCCAAGGGACCACACGCCUAUUUGAGGAUCGCUGCACCUUUAUUGCUACGCGGAUUGAUGCCAUGCUUACCGAGAUCAAGGACACGUACAGCGGCGAUCCAGAGCAGAUGAGCGUGUUUAUCCUGAGUAUUUUUACCCUUUGGACGCACCUUGAUCAGUGUGCCGUUGCGGUAUGCCCUCUCCUCCGAGAGUACAGGCCCGUAUUUGGACCAGAUCUCCUGGAUGUCCUCCAGCUCCCCACCAUGUCUCAGAUGCGUCGCCUCCAGCGUAUACAGAUAUACUUAUCUCGUCGACAGUCAGAAUCUCGAUAUGGUGGUAUCUUCGACGAUAUUGAUCGUAAUUGUCUGGCUACGCGAUAUGCCACCCAAUCGACUGAGAUGCGUUCUCUGGAAUCGCGUAUUCAGAGCGCAUCAAAUUAUGCUCGCAACAACAAGGAAGAGGAAUGGGAGAGGGCCUGUGGCGAGUACGAUACACACACAACAGGCAUUUCAGAGAACGUCUGCCGCUGCUCUUGGAGAGACGGCCAGCGCAAUGUAGCGGGUUGUAAGAGGUGUUGGCAUUGGCGGGUACGAAAUCGCUUGAAAAUCCAGGUGCAUGAGGACUUUCUCCCUUCCAGUGCACCAGCUAGGGCGGCGGUGGUAUUCGAGCUUGCAAUUCCGGCCUACCUUUCCGCAUAUCGCGAUGCAAGUUGGCAAAUUCUACGCACACUGGCAUAUCCGGACCGCCCGAUCGGUUGCAAAACCCCGGAAAUCGAACUGAGGAAUUCCGCAGGGCUCCGGUCGUACAUGUCAGCAGAAGUCAAAGGGGUCUCAUUUGCGUCGAGAAUCAAGACCUUUCACCAGACUCACUACAAGUUUAAUAGUGGCAAGGUCCGGCUGUCUUGCCUAUUACUGCCCCUCGCUGCAGAAUAUGAAUUAUACGACCACACCUCCCAGCUCUGGGUCAAGAAUUUGAAGAACCCUUUAACGCUUCAGCGCCUCUGCGGAAUUCAAGUCCCCCGUGAGCUUCAAACUACGAUCUUGCCGGAGGCUAAGCACCCCCCUCCCAUCGUCGACGGGCCGUCAUCUUAUCAAGCACAGGCCAACCAAUGUCUAUGUCCGUCCGAUAUGUCGAUUCACGAGUUUUCGGCAUACCAGAAAUUACUGGCUGGCAAGGUUCGUCGCUGGCCCAACAUCCUAGUCGAAAUGGGUUCGUCGAACCUCAACUUCAGCAAUGAGGAAGCGACUCGUGUCAUGUGCCAGCUUGCUGUCCAAGCCGGUCCUCGGCUUCCGGAUGAACCUCUGCGGGCGGCUCACGUCAUAUUUAAGGAGCCUGCCUUCGUACAUCGCCUCGUGGAAGUGAUCGAGAGGCGCCUCCACACUAUCUUGGAUAAUUGGCGCGAGCACCACUAUAUGGAUUUGCUCAUUACUCUGAUCAUACGCUUGUUCGAGCUGUCUUCUGGAGUCUCGAGAGACCGCGCCAGAACCUUGCUUGGCAAGGCCCGAAAGGCCACGCAAGAUUGGACCAUCUCCCUACGCCGGGAUCUCCGUACGACAACCGAUGCUGGUGCGGCCCAGCGUAUCGCAACGUACGGCUUCUGCGCAGCUUUGCUAUGUAGACGAACCUUUGGCAUCUACGCCGAACUCGAGGAGGCGAUAAACGCGGAGGAUUUCGUCACUUGGGUUGUGGCGUCGGUGGCAUUGCAGGAGAACAUGCUAGGCAGUAUUGCUAAAUUGCCACAAAAUUUAAAAAGAAUGCUUCUCCGCGACGCAAAAAUGGCAUAUCACCUCAAGACACCAUUGAAGACUGCCGUAGCCCAUCACCCUGCGAGUGUUGGGGCCGGAAUCAGCAGAUGGUGGGCUGGCUCGGAUAAUACCACUAGAGCGUUCUCACAGUGGCAAUUCCUUGCCGCACCUAACGAGCGAUGGAUCGUUGCUACCUCCUCGGGGGGGCAGGGUUACUAUAGAUUCAGUCAAGUGGUACAUCACAAUGUUGUCGAAGGCCAUCUUCUGCUCAACGGCAAGCCGUGUGGGAAGCUGCCGCUAGAGAUCUUGGAUAGCUCGGCUGUCAAGAAACUAUUUGAGAAUCAGCACCUUCUAACAUACCCUUCACCGCUGUCUGGCAUGAGCUAUUGCCUUGCUUAUUUCGAGGAGCAGGAAGUUCACUUUGGCGUACGUGAUAAACAAGUUAUUAUCCGUGCUUUGGGAUGGGACAACGAAUUGCUCGAGUUCGUACCGAUGGAGAGGUUCCGAGGCCCGGAUGACUUCGAUCUUCCCUCCGAACUCAUUGAUAACUGUGCACAUUGGCUUAACCUGCGAACCGGGAAUUUGGAUGUCCGGCGGGCCCCUAACUUCUGGGGUUCGCGGCCACGAAAUUGGUCUAUCAAUGUACGAGAACGCCAGGCAACUCGUGGCGGCGAACCUAGUGUCCGCCUUGUCGACCCGAAGUCGGACGUAUUCCUCCAGGUCGCCAAGGUGCUCGAGCAUAUCGAGCGGCCAGAGAGGAUAACUGUAUUCCAACCUCCAAAAGGCAAGCUGGCAGUGCAUUUACCCCUUUUGGAAUUGUCUUUCUACGUAACCUACCAUGGCCUCCUCUACUGCCGACAAUUACAUGCAGAAGUCGAUUUGGACCAGGAUGCUGGCACUUGGUACGGCCUCCGUAGCAAGCUUGUGCUACGGGAUGAGUUUACUCGAAAGAGGAGUAUCAUCGUGCCUUCCGGGGAUACGACGUGGGUGCGGCACGGAAUGCAUGUUUAUGUGCAUAUAGAGAAGGCUUAUGGGUACGAAAGGUAUAAGAUAGACGAUAUCUUGGGUCGACUAUCCUGCCCCCCUGAGCCGCGCCUAGUAUAUCUGAAGGCCCUAUAUCAUGCUCUCACGUCGUUUUGCCUUCCUGAUCCUUUGACCCGGAGGACGGGUACGGAAGAGUCCUUUUUAAUUCUUCGCUCCGGAUCCGCUCAGCCAUGGACUCCACUAGGGUGUCAGGCAUAUCGAAUUUUGAAUAUCUUAGAGCGGCUAGCCCCUCGCAGAGAAUACUAUCCCCCUGAGAUCAAGCGUCUCCAAACAGUGUCGUGGGAUGAUGAAUUGUCUACGACUAUUCAACACGAUGGAUAUAAAGCCUUGGUCCGAGAUAUUACUGAGAAAUCAAGAAAGAUCGGUGUGUUCUCCAACGCCAGCUCAGAUAACUAUAUCGUUAAGGAGCCCACGCAUCUCCAACGUCGUGGCGAGGCCCACCAGAAUCUUUAUAGACGGCCGAGCACAGACACGGCAACGGAAUCGAUGCCGACUACACCUUACACGCCGCGUGACCGCAGAGCGACGUCAAAGGCCUUAAAUGUUUACGAGAUCUGCCGAUUAAUCUUGACGGGCUGCGAGUCCUUAACCAUGCAGACAAACUUGCGAUCGAUUCUCGAGUCUAGUGAGGUUGUGGGUGGGUUCCAUGACGAGACACACUCGACAGCUAGCAUAGAGCCACUCGUCAACCAAAUCGAAGAGCCUAUUAGUGAGCAGUGGGGAAGUCUCGUUAACCGCUGUCGCUUUGCAGAGCAUACAACUCCCCUGUUGUUCCGUCUGGGGCUUCUAGCCUUUAACCCUGAAGCUGACCUGGAUGCUAUCCGCCCGCUUGCCGCAUUUGCCGUGGUUGAUAGACUUAAGAGUUUGCAGCCUCCUCAACACGACUGCUUUGAAAACUUCAAAUCUCGUGAAAAGCCGUCUCUGGACCUUUUACAAAAGCUUAUCACACCCGUCUAUCCCGAAUUUAGGUCAGCAUCCUAUCGAGCGGGGACAAUUCGAGACCAAGCCGGAAGAAAUGCUCGAGAACACGAGCUUCGGUGUGCGGAAGAGAACAUGCAGCUCGCCGCGCAUUUUUCAUCGCAGUGGCCACAUCCUGCCGAUUGUUUGUCAGUGGAAGGCCUUCCCCUCGAGGUUCUUGAUCCCCUCUCGGCGCUGCAGGAGAUUCAGCAUGAAUGGGAGCGCCGGCGAAAGAAUCGCGAAUUGGGUAUCUAUGUCCAGAAAACCCAAAAGAUACUCGACUCACUUAGGGGUCUGUGGUAUGGUUCCGCCCUGAUCGAAUGGAGGUUAUCUACCCCAGAAUUCGGUGCUCAAAAGCAUGCGCGCCCUAUCCCAUCUAUUGCCUUGGAUUUGGUGACGAAACGAGGGCCAAUACUGAACACCCCUGAUAGUAGUUGCCCUUUCAGAGAUACGAACACUACUACUAUGCCGAACGUGAAAAGAUCCACCCCCGAAGCUACGGAGCUUGGAAUUAUUGUAAGCAACUUCGCAAAGACCAGCGAUCAGAUGCGCCAACAGUACGCUGGCGACCUCUUGGAGAGCCUGGAAUCUCUUAAAGAUAUGAGCCAAUCAGCUGAUGGGAAGGUUUCGACACCGCAUGUCGGGGUGCUGAAACGAGCUCUUGGACAAGCUGGUGAGACGGCUACAUCAUAUUUCGAUAAAAUCUCUAGUUCCAUCGCUAGCUCAGAUCCUCGAUCCAAAUGGCUACAGCUUGGUGCUCUCUGGCCGUGCACGUCACCAGUAGAAGUACUCACGUUGCUGAGGUCCUCGGCUGCCCAUCGCUUCGGGCCAUCAAUGAAAGAGGCUCUGGUGAACUAUGGGUUGGCUGUCACCAUUCUGCAAAGGCUAGAAAGGAUCACCCACAUUGCUCAGCGAGAACAGAUAACUGCUCACUGGGAACAAAACAACCCUCAACAGGACCAACGACUGUUAGCGGAGGAGUUACGAAACCCGGGGCACGAGAAUUGGGCACCCCUCGAGGUUCCUGACUGGUUGUUGAUAGAAAUCGAUGGUAACUUUCUUAUCCGCGCUGAGCAGGUAGAUGUUGCGCGGGCAAUUAUCGCGCCGCGGUCGAUGCAGAAUAGCGUGCUGCAGAUGAAUAUGGGAAAAGGCAAGACCUCUUGCAUCAUGCCGAUGGUGGUAUCUGUCCUGGCCAACGGCAACAACCUCGCCCGCUUGGUCGUCCCUAAAGCGCUACUAAUGCAAACCGCCCAGACGGCACAAUCUCGCCUGGGAGAUCUCGUGGGGCGCGAGGUCCGUCACAUCCCUUUCUCCCGGAAACUACCGACGACGCCGGAAAUGCUGCAGCUGUACGAAGAUCUCCAUCGCGAGACACGUGGCUUACGUGGCCUAAUUCUCACCAGCCACGAGAAUCUUUUAUCGUACAAGCUGGGCGGAUGGCAGCAUCUUGCCGACAAGAAGGUCGAGGCUGCGAGCCAGAUGAUUGGUUUCCAGCGUUGGUUAGAAGGCCACUGUCGCGACGUCCUAGACGAGUGCGACUUCACGUUGUCGGUCAAGACACAACUGAACUAUCCUAGCGGCCGCGAAACCACUGUUGAUGGGCACCCGUUCCGAUGGCACGUGGCACAGGAAUUGCUGUCGUUGGUAGUUGAUCACAUCGCUGACUUACGGAGAACAUUCCGUGGCAUCGAGGUGCUGCGGCGGCCAGGGUCCUUCCCCAUCGUACAUAUCCUCAAUAGCGAGGUGGAAGAUUUCGCGCACAGUCUGAUACUGGACGAUAUAUGCGCUGGACGGAUGAUGUUACUUCGCCCUGCGGAUCUGAGCUUCUACGAUCAGCAAGAAACAAUCCGACGAAUUUUAUCAGAGAAGAAAUUUGACGAGCGCUCGUUCCAGCAGGCAGCGAAGGCGUUCGCCAACCCCCAGGCGGCGUACAAGAUAUUUCUUGUUAUCCGAGGUCUGCUCGUGGACAGGAUCCUAUUCCUGUGCCUAAGCAAGCGCUGGAAUGUGCAAUAUGGCCUACAUCCGGGUCGCCACCCCGUGGCCGUUCCCUUCGAGGCCAAGGGUGUUCCAUCCGAGCAGUCCGAGUUUGGCCACCCCGACGUGGCUAUCUUGUUUACCUGUUUGUCGUUCUACUAUAGCGGUUUAACGCGCGAACAGUUCCGGCAAGGAUUGAAGCAGGUAUUAGAAUCCGACGACCCGAGCGCGCGAUACGAGGAGUGGAUUUCCGGGUCCAUCAACUUGCCAGAGUCACUUCACCACUGGAAUGUCAUCAACAGGGAUGACAGUGGGCAGAUCGAGAGGCUGUGGGAACAUCUAAAGUUGGACCGGGUCGUGAUCAAUCAUUAUCUGAACCAUUUCGUCUUCCCCGUACACGCAAAGCAAUUCGAGGUCAAGUUACAGGCUUCCGCCUGGGACAUACCGCUCCAUUCUCAUGAGAAGCAGCACACGGCUAAAACCACGGGAUUCAGUGGAACGAACGAUAACCGAUCCAUGCUUCCCCUAACCAUUAAGCAAGACGACCUCCCAAGUUUGCGGCAGACCAGUGCGGAGGUGCUUUCGUACCUUUUGCAGGAACGAAACCGUGGUUACGAGGUCACUGCAAACUCUGCGGGGAAACGCUUGACGGAGGAAGAUCUCCUCUGCGAACUAGGUCGCAGCCGAAUCCGCAUUCUCAUAGAUGCCGGAGCCUACAUCCUCGAAAUGGAUAAUAGAUCGCUCGCCCAAGCAUGGCUAAGAAAAGACGGCGACGCCAAGGCCGCUGUCUACUUUGGCAGUGAUAACAGAGCUAUGGUGCACUACCGCAAUGUUGCAGUGAAGGAAGACGUCCCGCUUCUUACAACGCCUUUCGUAGACGAUCUCAGCAAAUGCGUCGUCUAUCUCGAUCAAGCCCACACGCGCGGCGUAGAUAUGAAAUUUCCGACAGACGCUCAUGCCGCUGUAACCUUGGCGUUGAAGCAAACAAAAGACUACACGAUGCAAGCUGCUAUGAGAUUACGUCAACUCGGUACGACGCAGAGAGUCACUUUUUUUGCACCACCCGAGGUCGACCAGGGCAUCCGAAAGUUCUGCGGCAUAUAUAAUGGACUGCCAAAUUCCUCGCACGUUAUCUCUUGGCUUCUCGAGCAGACCUGCCUCGUAAACGAAGACCUGCGGGGUUUGUACACCGCGCAGGGCGUAGACUUCUGCCGGCGUAUCGACGCGGAGUGCCAGCACCCUGACUUUCUCACCGACGGCAGGGACCGCGACAGGCUGCUCAAGGUCCUGCGGCAGCCAGAAUACCAGACGCUAGAUCAGCUCUAUGGUGGGGAAUCAACCGGCUCUUCUGCGAGUCCCUCUGGUCAUAUGGUUUCCCCGCAGCUGCAGGCGUUCGUAAACGAGUUGGGAGCGCGCAGCGGCCACGACGGAGUUACGAUAGGCGCUUUGGAAGAGGUAGAGCAGGAACGCGAAGUGCAACAAAUCCAGGUCGAGCAGGUGAUCCAGGUGCAGAAACAGCUACGAUUUGAGGCCUUGUCGUUCCCCGGCCUCCAUCCUACCAUCUUGGAGUUUGUAGCCACGGGAACCCUAAAAAGGGCGAAAGCCACCGUGGAAGGCUACGGGUUCGAACACGCGUUCGCGUACGUGGCAAAGACAAACGUCGGAAAGCAGUUUGGCGUCCGCGAAACCAAGUCGACCAUGUUCGUCUCGGCCGAAUUUGGGAAGACGAUUAGACACACGAGAAAUACGGAAAAUGGAGCGGAUAACUUUUUGCGUCCUGUCGAAUGGAUCCUCUGGAGUCCGACGACGCAAACCGGACUGGUCAUAAUCCCCGAAGAAGCGGAGCUCCUCAUACCGAAGAUCCGGCUGGCCGGUGACAGGAGCCGAGUUCACCUGAUCGCGUACGCCGCGCCUGUCACGAAGGGGAUGCUGCCGUUCAACCAGCUCCAGUACUACAGCCUACCGCCGCUGCCGUCGGAGCACCGGUUCCCGGAUUGGUUCCUCUUUGACGUCGGGAUUAUCGGCGGGCGCCUGUAUGUCGACCUAGGGGACUGGGACGCGCUGGCCCAGUAUCUGCGAUCGUCGUCGUCGUCGUCGUCGGACGCAGCAGACCAACUGACGGCACGAUACGGGCGGAUUCGGCUUGUGGACCAAGGCGGCGCCGACGACCCCACGUCGUUCGCGGAUGAGCCUACCAUGUUCCUCCUCGAGUGGCUCACGCUCCUGCGUAAGACCCAGGACGUCCUACAGACGCCUAUAGGCUAUAUCUGCACCGGCCGAGCACUCGGCGAGCACCACCCGUUCCGACAGUCGCUCUCGUGACGCACUGCUACUCCCCUGGAGAUCCGGUGGGUAGUACGGAGGGGGGUGACACGCAGCUGACUCUUCACUAGGUAGGGAUAGGAUGGUAUGGCGACAAAUGCAUGGCGCCGAGGUUGGUCUUUUCGGCCACCGACGGAAAAGACUGGGGCAAACAUACAAACAUAUAUAUCGUCACGUGAGAAUGUAGACGCCUAUAUUGGCCUGUUCGGAUAUGGAGGCUUCUACAGGUUCUUCUACGAGACACAUGCUACGGAGUGUGUACGUAUAAGUCCAGAGUAUGGGUAGCAUCUAGAACCCUCCCAGCACAGGGGCAUCUGGCGAUGCGUGUCUAUGUGGAUGUGAAGAUGAAGGGGAACUGGUUGCGCCGGGUGGGAAGGAGUACUACUUGCGAGGCCAGGAAAAGGAGUAGAUACUCUAAAAGACAUGCUUGCGAAGGUACUUAGCUCUGAGGGUACAUUUACGAUCUCUUUGUGUACAUAUGGGUUACGGAAAUAGACGUCGAUGAGAAGCGAACUCAGAGGAAGUUCUUGAGAUACGGAAAGGGUCCC